AAUUAAAAGGGUGAAAUAUCAGAAGAACUUAAAAAGGGUGAUCGAAAAUGGCAGAAGAACCAAUUCUCUCUAGAAUUGAACGCCUUGACAACGUUCUGAAACAACUGGAAGGCACGGAAGUAUGCGGCGGCGGGUACGAGAGUAACGUUCAGUCGCCUAAUAAGAGCUCCACCGUAUCCUCUACGGCGUCAAGCGUGGCGGAGCAAGGGUGCCGCCCGAUCGAGGAGGUGAUGACGGAGGCGGAGCUCAAAGGCACCGUCAUCCAACGCCUCGCCAACGUCGAGGACCGCCUCAGGGAACUCUGCCUGCAUCACCAUCAUCAUCAUUUCGGAGAAACCCCCAAAAUCGUUUGCCGGAAAACCGCCGUGCUACCGGCGGAGACAAAGGGCGGCGGUGGUCUCAAGAAGUCUCAGCAGGUGCCCAAGAAAGGCGGUUUCAAGAGCUUUGUCAAGUCUUGUAUGAAAACAACGGGAAAAGGGGAUCACGUUAACUUGAAUUAUUAGCAUUGACUCUGCAAUUCACGGUAGAUAUAUGACAUUAGUUUUUUGGCAGUCAAGUAUUGUGUGUGUUUUAUGAAAAGAAAAUAUUUAGAGAUAAUAAACUAGGGAUUAUUAA